UCUCCACAACCACGCUGGCGAAACAAGCGAGAGGCAGACGCGAGCGAGGAUGUCUGGCAAGCUGUGUGGUGGUGUGGUUGCCCGCUUGGCAAAGGUGCCAGUCAGUGGUGUUCGUGCUGGUGCUGGCGUUGUGCAGCAAACAAGCGCCCUUGCACAACAUGGCAACUGCAAGAGGCACACAUCGUCUUCUUCCUCUUCUUCUACACCCACAACUCCAGCGUCAUCCAAGUAUCAACAACAGACCAGCACCUGCGGCACUUUCACAUUGACAAACAGGAACCCGCGCAGCGCAGAGCUUCUGCGUCAGAAACACAAGCCACGCGGCUUUGGUACUUCUGUGCAGUCCUUUGAGUUCUACCACAGGCUGCGUUUCCAAAAGUCCAACAAGCACCUCACAACCACCCUGGAGACGCCAGGCAACCAAGUCUGGCUCACAGCAAGCACGAAGGAGUACAACAUCCAGCGCCACCUCUACUCCUACAACUCUGUCACCACAGCACGCGAACUGGCCAAAAUCAUGGCACGGCGGCUCAAGGAGAGCGGGAUUGAGCGUGUGACCUGGCACACGGGCAAGGACGGCUACCGAGGAAAGGCCUCUGCAUUCAUUGACAGCUUGAGAGCACAGGGCAUCACCACCAAGGAAUAGCUUGUGUGUGUGUGCGUGUGUAUCUGUGUGUGUGUGUGUGUGUGUGCAUUGUGCGUCUCUAUCUUUGUCUGCCUGUUUGCGUUGUCGGAUCAUUCGAGGCCAUUAUUACAAACUUUCGGCUGCC